GCGGGCAAGGCCCUCAUGGAAUCACAGCUGCACUCACUAUUUAAACUCCAGUACAGGUCUCUACUUCACACUACUUCACAGCACGGCCUACAGCUUACAAGCAUAACAGAAGUAACAGAGUCUCCCUCCUACCCUGUCCUCUCCUCUGCAAUGGCAGCUUCCACCAUGGCACUCUCCUCCCCGGCUCUUGCAGGUAAGCCCUCUUCCACCUUCAAUGUGUUCGGUGAGGGCCGCAUCAUGAUGCGCAAGGCGGCUUCCAAGUCCAAGCCUGCUGUGUCUGGCAGCUCGUGGUACGGCCCGGACCGUGCCCUCUACCUUGGCCCAUUGUCAGGGCAGCCACCAUCCUACCUCACCGGUGAGUUCGCUGGGGACUACGGCUGGGACACAGCCGGUCUCUCGGCCGAUCCCGAGACGUUCGGCAAGAACAGGGAGCUUGAGGUGAUCCACUGUGGGUGGGCCAUGCUCGGCGCCCUCGGGUGCGUUUUCCCGGAGCUUCUAGCUCGCAAUGGUGUCAAAUUCGGUGAAGCAGUUUGGUUCAAGGCCGGAUCUCAGAUCUUCAGUGAGGGUGGCCUAGACUACCUCGGCAACUCCAGCCUCGUCCACGCACAGAGCAUCCUCGCCAUUUGGGCUUGCCAGGUCAUGCUCAUGGGCGCUGUCGAGGGGUACCGUGUUGCGGGUGGCCCAUUCGGGGAGAUUGUUGACCCACUCUACCCCGGUGGAAGCUUCGACCCUCUUGGCUUGGCUGACGACCCAGAGGCAUUCGCAGAGCUCAAGGUCAAGGAGAUCAAGAACGGCCGGCUUGCCAUGUUCUCCAUGUUUGGAUUCUUUGUACAAGCCAUCGUGACUGGAAGGGGGCCCCUCCAGAACCUUGCUGACCACAUCGUCGACCCUGUCAACAACAAUGCCUGGGCAUUCGCCACCAACUUCGCCCCCGGCAAGUGAUUCUCAGGCAAUGCAAUUCAUUGUGCAACUUCGAAUGCGGGGCUUUGAGCUUAUUGCCAAAGGGCAUUGAAAGCAUGAAACUGAUAGGCUGUGGUGAAAUAAGCAUUCCGCCCACCUAUAUUUGUUGAUUUGGGUUGUAUCAUGUAAUAUUAAUCGAUUGGUUUA